GUCAACAAAUGUGUGCCUACGCAGUUUUCGCACUACCCAAUAAUAAGAAAGAGUAUACUUGAUUUUCAUCGCACUCAAAAAAAAACACCACUACUUUAGGAUGUUUCGACCUCUUUUUGUAGUACUUGUAGUAGAAUUUACGCUAAUUUCCACAUUUGUCAACUCGCACAACGAAUCGGGCGAGUGGAGUUGCGAGUCGUCCGAUUCUGGUACCCAACUCGUUGCCGGGUUUCGACCCGGUGUUAUUACUCUUGAUGGGCACCCGGAUGAUUGGAAGGAUGUAAAUGGGUUUGAUUUCUCUCUUUUCCCUGCUCUUGACCCACAUGAAGAUGAUGCGUAUAAAAAUGGAAAAAUGAAUGUUAAGGCACUACAUGAUGGUAAAGAUGUAUUCUUUUUGUUGGAAGUUGAUGGAGAAUAUGCUUACUCCAAAGGAAAUAGUAACAAAUGUCCAUCUGUUGCUCUUAUGUUUCAGAUUGGUGAGAAUGCUACAUAUCAUAAUAUGGGUGGUUGUAAAGAGUCUCCUGGUUCCUGUACCAAUAAGAGUUGUCGCGGCUAUGAAGUUGACAUUAUGCAUUUCUCGAUAGGAACUGCUAUACCAGGACGCUUAUAUGGUGGAAACUUGGUUGAUGUUGGAACUGGCGGUGACAGAUUUGGUCAUUUGGUUGAUGUUUAUUCCUGGAAUCCACACUGUCGAUACCUUGAUGGACAUGGGCCUUCAGGUUCCAAUAAUACUGCUCAUAAUGAUUGGAAAGGAGCUUGGUGGCACAGCAGCCUCGAUGUUCACUCAGGGUUUGUGGAUGAAGAUAGCCCAUAUGCAUCUAACGGAAAGAAGGGAACCUAUUAUUUUGAAUUUUCAAGGCCUUUGAGGACCAUGGACCGGUUCCAACAGGAUGCUCAAUUCAAGAUUGGUGACACGAGCAAGUUCUCUGCAGCCUUUUGGUACCCAGUGGAUGGUAAUCCAUGGCAUGGCUCGGAACAUUACACUGUCAGCUGUGAUUGGCUCCCAUUGGAUUUUAUUUCUGGAGGGUCUAUGCUUACUGCAACCAAGGCCACAACAUCUAGCUCCUGGGAUGCAGCUGUUGCUUUCUCUUUCCUACUCUCGGUGGUUGCUUUCUGCUCAUCGGUUUUUGUGGGCUAUCGAGUCUCUAAGCGGAGAGAUGUGCCUUAUACACAGAUGGGUCUUUAGGAUAAUAGGCGAUUUGUGUGUUGUAUUAUAAUAUUUUUUUACCUUAAAUUUCAUUUGUUUCACACUUGGUUGCCUUCUUUAGUAUAGUAUUCAAAUGUAUUUGUUAUAGUUCAUGUCUCGGAUUACACUAUACUUAUGCAAUGGGAGGUCUUCUUUUCUUUCUUUCUUUUA